ACUCACACACAGUCCAACAAUUAUGAGACUUCCUCAAUCCACCGGCUCUGCACAUUUUCGUGGUUUCAGAGUACAGUGCACAACAAAGUGCUAAGAAAUGCCAUGGAAUUGACUGCAUUGGUCUUCAAUCCGAAGCAGGGAGUAGACAAUCCAGCCAUGGUUGUCACUGAGGAAGAUACAGGACAGGUUAGCGGCCCCUUACCCAGGGUGUGUGUGCUAAAAAGAGAUGAGGGGGAGAGUUUCGGCUUUGCACUGCACUUGGAGAAGGGACGACCAGGCCAUGUUAUCAGGAAAGUAGAAUUAAUGGGGGUGGCUGAAAGGAGUGGACUGAAGGAUGGCGAUCGUCUUCUGGAGGUCAAUGAACAGUUCGUGGAUGAUGUUGAACAUAUGGAGGUUGUCCGCAGGAUCAGGGUGAGUGGCCCUCAGCUGUGCCUCCUGUUGCUGGGGAGUAAUGAAUAUGAGCAAGCUGUGGCUCAGGGCUGGAAUCUAAAGGAACUGUGCAAAGCUCAGCGUGGUAAGGAAUGGAAGCCUCCUCGUCUCUGCCAUAUCAUCAAAAACCCUACUAGCGGACUGGGCUUUAGCAUCUAUGCUGUGGAGGGUGAGAAAGGAAAAUUCUCUAUAACUCCAGUAUCUGGAGGCCCUGCUGAGAAGGCAGGACUGAGAAAAGGAGACCGGCUGGUUUGGAUCAAUGGCGCCUUGGCUUGUGAACUCACACAUUCUGCUAUUAACAAGAUGUUGAAGAAAUGCAGUGAUCACAUGACUGUGCUGGUGGUAGACACCAAGACUGAGCAGAGCUACAUGAGUAGGAAAAUGGCCAUUCUGCCAGCCAUGGCUGACGCCCAGAGCAUGCCGUACAAACCCAAGAGAGUGCAUCUUGUACAGGGGCCAGACGGUUACGGCUUCCUGCUUAGGCAUGAAAAAAUGUCAACAGGACGCCAAGUUCAUAUGGUGCGGGAGAUUGACGUAGGCAGUCCGGCAGAAGUGGCAGAUAUAAAGGAUGGGAAUAUUCUGUUGGAGGUGAAUGGAGAGUCUGUUGAUUAUCUGUCUCAUGAGAAAGUGGUGAGCAAAAUCAGAGACAGUGGAGAGCAAGUUAGUUUCACCACUAUAACCCAUGAAGGCCAAGAUUUCUACAAAAAGCUGGGUCUGUCUCCGCUGAUGUUUUGCGAAGACCAUUACUCUGGGGUGAAACAGCAGGAAAAGUCGAUUUUGCAGAAACAGAGUCCAGCAGCUCUUAAGCUGUUAGAGUCCUCAGAGGAAACCCAGGAGAAGCUGGAAGUCAAGCCCAAACCAAGACUGUGUGUGCUACAGAGAAGCCCCGUGGGAUUCGGCUUUCAUUUGGGCUGGGUCCAACAGAAACCUGGCACUUUUAUCAACCAGGUGACACCUGGAGGUCCAGCUGAAAGUUCAGGCCUCCUGCAGGGUGAUGUACUGCUGGAGGUGAAUGGCCAGAAUGUUGAGGAUGAGUGUUUAGAAGAUGUGAUUUUACUCAUGAAAAAAGGAGGCAGCUCUCUCUCCUUGCUAGUGAUGGACAGUCCAGGUUACGAGAGGAAGAAAAAGAAUGAAAAUCCCAUCACUGCUGAAAAAGUAACUUCUGAUGAGGUCGAGGACGACGAGAGCUCAUCUGUGACACAGCAGUCAGAUUCCAGCGAGUUCCUUCCUGAGGAUUUAGGAAAUGCGGAUUGUGGAUCUACGGAACAACAAUGCUGGGAAACGUGUGACUUCACUGGGGGGGAUUUUUAGAUUACUGUAGAUUCACCAAAUAAAUGCAAAGGCACCGUUAAUGUUUCAUUAUGUUAUACUUUCUAUCUUACUUUCAGUUUACUCAAAAUUUGUGGAAAUUUGUGGAAAUGAGUUUUGAUGUUGCUUUAGGUUCAAGGUUAUAUUUUAUCUACACAGUGCGUUUCAUAGCAAGAAAUUCUUGCAGAUAAAAAUUUGAUUUCCACACAUUAACUAUUUUAUUUUCUGUAGUGUAUACAAAAUAUAAGCUGUGAAUUAAAAUUUCAUAUUUCACCAUGAUUUAUCCAUGUUUACGUCAAUGCAAGGUUUUCCUCUGAGGUUCUCCUACCGCCCCAAAACAGAUGUGGUUUGGCUAUUUUAAAGUAGGUGUGACUGUAUGAGUGCAUAAAGCCCUGGGAUGAAAAUUCAAUCCAAUUUUAUUUGUGUAGAACGUUUAACAAUUGUCAUUGUCGCAAAGAAAAUGAUGGAAAUUUGUAUUUAAUGUGAAAAUGUGUAUGAAUCAAAAUUAUUAGACAGUAAGCAAGUGGAUUUCUACCUCACACCCAAUGGUCCUAGCAUUUCAAAAUUAUGAAAUUUAAAAAAUAUAUAUCUUGCACAUGUGGGAUUUAACUCCUAAAACUCAAGGGAUACCAAUAUAUGUUGCAAAAAGUUGAACUCACCAAAUGUUUAUCUCUAUAUUAUUAUUAUUAUUAUUAUUAUUAUUAUUAUUAUUAUUUGGUCAGAGAAACAACCGAAAACAAUCAUAAAACAUGUGAUCAUAUUUAUAUGUAGCGUAUGUGACCCAUUUUAAAAUAUUUUGCUCAGAAUUAUUAAAUGUAAUUAAUUAUAUUGCCUAGAAAAUAUAUUGUGCAUUCCUGUCCCCAUAUAUAUUUAUUUUAACAAUAGUAAUGCAAAUAAAUAUUGCUGUGGCUUUCAAGACAUUUUAAAACUAUUUAACACAUUUAUUGAAUAUAUUGAAUAUAUAUAAUAUUGAAUACAUUUGUUUAUGUUACUUUCAUUUAAUUUUAGAACUCUUUACAAAAACAGCAUUUCUUUCUUGUAUUUUUUUACCUAUUUAUGUUUUUGUUGCUAAAUUCCAGCCAGCACAUUGCAUAAUGGUAAAAGUCCAGAUUUCUAAUAAAGAUAUUGAAACUUUG